CCCACGUCUCUCAAAGAGUAUCUCAAAAAGUACCAAUCUGGAUCCGACGACCAAACCAAGAAGAAGAAGAAGAAGAAGAAAGAUAAGAAUCCCAGACCUAAUCCCGCCGCCGCCGGCGUCCUCGUCGUCGACGAAGACCCCGUGUGGCAAAAGCCUGUAAUUGAUGAGGAAGAAGAAUCCGCCGACGACGAAGCGCCUUUAGUAGAUGAAGAUGUUGAGGUGAAGCGUCUGAAGAGGCUCGAAGCGAUUCGUUCUCGGAAACCCUAUGGCGGUAUUUCGGAAGAUGGAAGCGGUUGGGUUUCGAUCUCGAAUUCAGAUCUCUCUCCGCCUCGCCAGCGACGGUCGAGAUUGGACACGCCACCAUCGGAUAGGGAACCGAAUGCAGACGACGCUAAGGAUGGUGAUCUCUCACCGAACCGGAAUCGAUCGCCUGGAGUAGAUGCUGAUCUCUCUCCACCAAGGAGAAGAAAGGGGGUUGUAGAUGACCUUUCUCCUCCACGAAGGAAUCGGAAUCGAUCUCCCAAAGUAGAUGCUGAUCUCUCUCCGCCAAGGAGAAAUAGAAAGGAGCCCGUAAAUGACCUUUCUCCUCCUCGAAGAAAUAGAAAUCAAUCUCCUGAAGUUGGUGAUGAUCUUUCUUCUCCAAGGAGAAGCAGGCAGCGGUUGGCCGAGGCUUCGAGAAGAGGAGUAUCUCCUUCCAUUGACCUUUCACCCCCGAGAAGGCGAAAAAAACCAUAUUUGUCUAAGGAUGAAGAUCUUUCACCUCCAAGAAAGAGAAAGGAACCAUCUCCAGCAAAAGAAUCAAGAAGGACUGGGUUGUUAUCAGCUGAGGAGAUUAAAAAGGAGAAUGACAAGAAGAGGAAGGAGGAAAUAUCAAGGUUUGCUGCUAUGGAUCCAUCUAUGAGUGGAAAAGGAGCACAACCAGUUUUUCGUGAUAAAGAAGGUAGGCGCAUUAAUACAGAACAGCUUGCGAGAGCACAAGAAGAAGAGAAACCAAAGGAAAAGAACUUGGAAUGGGGUAAAGGGUUGGCACAAAAGAGAGAAGCGGAAGCUAGGAUCAAGGACUUGGAACUGGAGAAGGAUAAACCUUUUGCACGCACUAGAGAUGAUCCAGAACUCGAUAAAAUGUUAAAAGAGAGGAUCAGAUGGGGUGAUCCUAUGGCGCAUUUGGUCAAGAAGAACUCAGAGCUUGUCUUGGAAGAUCUUGGUACUGACGAGAAGAUGAAAGAAUCCGGUUUUAUAGUUCCUCAAAGUAUUCCUAGUCAUAGUUGGAUAAAGCGGGGAAUUGAUUUUCCUCCAAAUCGAUAUGGUAUAAGGCCAGGGCGGCACUGGGAUGGAGUUGACCGUAGUAAUGGAUAUGAGAAAGAACUAUUCAAGAGGCAGAAUGAGAAGCGAGCUACAGAAACAGAAGCUUAUCUGUGGUCGGUGUCUGACAUGUGAGCCUUCAGGAAAAAAUUUCGUCAGGUGUAUGUUGCUUCAGUAAGAUGGAAAGGAAUUGUGCUUUGGACAGAAAGCUUUUGGGUUAAAACUUGCUUAUCUCUGACUCAGACGUAAAAACUUGCUCAUCUCUGACUCUGACGUAUAAGGGGUCAUACCCUGCACCAAGGAAUUGAAGUAAGGCUGUGAAUUUGCUCAUCUUACCAUGUGCUUAAGGAUUUAAUGUGCUGUAUUACAAGAGUUGGUCUAAUUCCUUAUGAGAAAUCCGUUGUUUCCAGUUUUCUUCUGAGCUUCCAAAAGUGGGAAGGGCGACAGCUGAAGGAUUGUCUUAAGAUCAGCAAUAAGGUUCCUUUUAUGUUAAAGUGGAAUCCUUCAGUACCAUCCUUCAGUACCAGCAUUGUUUUAACGUAUUAGGUGUAUGAGAGAAUGGUGAACUUCUUUCUCAUAGUAGCCGCCACGGUUUGAAGAUCCCUUGAGUUCGUUGGUUAAUGCAUACAAUUGCACCUGGGACUUGUGCUUAAGAUUCUUAGUAAUUGAUAUUUGUAACUGUAGUGCAGAUAGUUGAAAUCUCCUACUAUAUGCCUUGUUUUACUUAGGUGGUCGGUUGACAUGUUUAUGUCUUAUAUGCAUCCUUAGUAAGGACCUAAGGUCGUGUCAAAUUUGCAAGUCCAGGCUGAGAUCCUUUGAUAGAUGUAAGUCUGGCUAUAUGUUUUCUAUAUCUUCAUGGUAAUUCAAUUUUAGCUAUAAUUGUUGCUGUUU